UGGUUUGUAGAAUUACAGAAAGAUCCGAGGCAGAUCUCAGACACCUUUAACCCAGAAAUCCAGCUAAUAUAAAUACCCCCGCACACUCUCCGGCCCAAAAAAAAUUAAUUCAAAUUACAAUUUUUUAAUUUCCCCCAAAUACCGUUUCAUUUCUCCCGUUUCGUCAUCGAUCUCAGAUUCCGAAUUGUGAUCGGAAAACCUGCAAAUGUCGGCUGCGGCGGCGAUGGCGACGGCAGCUUCGGGCCUUGCUUAUCCGGAGAGAUUCUACGCGGCGGCGACUUAUGUUGGUUUCGGUGGAUCCCCAAAUUCCGCGGCUAAAGGCGUCGCCUCUAAGUUCUCAAACGACACCGCAUUAAUCCUUUAUGCUCUCUAUCAGCAGGCAACUAUAGGGCGUUGCAACAUUCCUAAGCCUAGAGGUUGGAGUCCCAUUGAGCAAAGCAAAUGGACAAGCUGGAAUGAACUUGGAACCAUGGCCUCAACUGAGGCAAUGCGUCUCUUCGUCAAAAUUCUAGAGGAAGAAGAUCCAGGAUGGUAUUCGAGAGUAUCGGACUUUAUUCCAGAGCCUGUUCUAGACGUACAAAUAAAUAAUAAUCCAGAAGUUGCUCCGGUCUCAGAGAAUGGAAAAAUUCAUGUAGAGGCAAAGUCUACUCCUACUGAAAAUGGCAACCUUUCAGAAACUCAGGAUAAAGAUGUUGUAUCUGAAGGCCUUGGAAUAGUUAGUGUUUAUGACCAGUGGAUUGCACCUCCAAUCUCCGGUACACGUCCAAAAGCCCGAUAUGAGCACGGAUCAGCGGUUAUUGAUGAUAAGAUGUACAUAUUUGGUGGAAACCACAAUGGCCGUUACCUAAAUGAUCUCCAGGUUCUGAAUUUGAGAAGCUGGAGUUGGUCCAAAGUUGAAGUUCAAGCAGGAUUAGGUGGUAUUACAACUCCAUGUGCUGGCCAUUCAUUGAUACCGUGGGAUGGGAAGCUUCUUUCAGUAGCUGGACAUACAAAAGAUCCAUCUGAAACCUUACAAGUGAAGGUGUUUGAUCCGCAAGCUCUUACAUGGUCAACCUUGAAGACUUAUGGAAAGCCUCCGGUUUCUCGUGGAGGGCAGUCAGUGACCCUUGUAGGAAUGACUUUAGUCAUAUUUGGUGGACAAGAUGCAAAAAGAUCUCUUUUGAAUGACCUGCACAUACUGGACUUGGAGACCAUGACAUGGGAUGAAAUGGACUCAGUUGGGGGUGCCACUUCUCCAAGGUCUGAUCAUGCUGCUGCAGUACAUGCUGGUCGUUACCUUCUUAUUUUUGGUGGGGGCUCACAUGCGACAUGUUUCAAUGAUCUUCAUGUUCUUGAUCUUCAAACUAUGGAAUGGUCGAGACCAACCCAACAGGGUGAGAUACCUAGUCCUCGUGCUGGCCAUGCAGGUGUGACGGUUGGAGAAAAUUGGUUCAUUGUCGGUGGCGGGGACAACAAAAGUGGAGUCUCUGAGACUGUUGUACUUAACAUGUCCACGUUGGCCUGGUCUGUUGUAACUACUGUCCAAGGACGUAUUCCUCUUGCCAGUGAGGGUUCAAGUUUGGUCCUUAGUUCCUACAGCGGCGAAGAUAUCCUGGUAUCAUUUGGAGGAUAUAAUGGGAGGUACAACAAUGAGGUAAAUGUACUUAAACCAAGCCAUAAGUCAACUUUACAACCCAAGAUGACGGAGACACUGGUGCCUGAUAGUGUAUCAGCAGUUCAAAAUGUUACAAAUGCCACAAGAGAUGGGGACUCUGAGUUAGAGAUGGGCCAGGAAGGAAAAACAAGGAAAAUUGUUACUGACGUUAUUGUUGCUGAACCUCAGAUUAUUAAAGCUGAAGAGACAAAAGAGCGUCUUUUAGCAGCCCUUAAGGCAGAGAAAGAAGAACUUGAACUGUCUCUCACCAAGGAGAAAACUCAGACACUCAAGUUAAAGCAAGAGUUGACAGAAGCAGAAACUCGCCACACAGACAUGUACAAGGAACUCCAAUCCGUCCGAGGGCAGCUUGCCGCUGAACAAUCCAGAUGUUUCAAACUCGAGGUCGAUGUCGCUGAACUAAGACAGAAGCUACAAAACAUGGAGACCUUACAAAAGGAGCUCGAAAUCCUUCAGCGUCAAAAAGCUGCUUCUGAACAAGCUGCACAAAAUGCAAAAGAAAAGCAGAGCUCAGGUGGCGUAUGGGGCUGGCUCGCUGGAACACCUACCGAAAAAUCUGACGAUGAGUGAUACAGUUUUUCAUGCGUAUUGAUUUCCGUUAUAUUUAUACGUCUCAUAUUCCAAUUUCUUUUUUCUUCUUCCCUUUUCUUUUUUGGAGCAAAUAAGAAGAUACCGAGUUAUACAUGUCAGAAGUUGAGUUGUGUAGAGGUUAAGGAGGUGUGGUUUAGUUGUUGAUUUGACAGUGUGACUUUUCGACGGGACUUUUUUCGUGUACCUAGAUUAACGGAGUGGAAGUAUAGAUAUUGAUGAGGUACUGGAAUGGUUGAACAGUUUCGAAGUUAUAUCUGGUUGCAAUCAUGUUGAGUACUUGUGAUUUAAUGUAUGCGACAG